GUGUCAAGGUCGAGAAUUUUAACCUUUUUUAUUUAAUUAGGUAAUACAGAGUAAACGAGUCGAGUCAUUCCACUCGGGUUUUAAUAAAUCACGGAACAAAACAAAUAUUGAUAUAUAAUGGAUUGAAGUUCGCACAGGACGUCCGGAUAGUUUUAGGCACAAAGCACAUCACAUCAGAUUCUAGUUUAAAUUUUUCGACAGCCUUCCAACUGUAGAUAUUGGAUAAAUAAAAAAAAAAAAUAUAUAUAAAUUUAAAAUUGAAAUAAUAAACAGUUCUCGUACAUUUGUUUAAACGGAGACAUUAUUUUAUAAGAAUGGCAUUAAGAAAAUUAGUAGAGGGUGAUUGCGGUGGUGCAAAUUCGUUAGUAAACCUCACGUCACAUUUUGUACAAGACAGGGGUUUGAAAGAUGAAGGCUACGCCUUCCCACAUUCUGAUCACAUUGCAAGCUCCAGCUCCGAGCAGCUUGUACAAGAGUUUCUCGAAGAGACGAUGGGUCACUCCACUCAGCCUUUCCGGAUGGAUUCCCUUCUCGCCGAAAUGAGGGACCUCGAAGGGAAAGUCGGACCGGUAAGCUCUCCACCCGUAUCGCAACUUACGAGGGAGGAGGAUGUUCAGGCCUGGGCUCAACAAUACAUCGAUGCUGGCAAACAUUUUGAUGUAAGUGUUGCUGAGCCCGGAAUUUGGACAAUGGAACAGCCAAACGACAGACAAGAGGUGUGUGAAGAUUUCCUCGACCUUGGUAUUGGCCCAAGGUGGGCCGAUGAAUUCCAAAGGCAUCAGGAUGUAAUGAGUGAGGAGCCAAUAUUAGGAGACUUAUCAAAUUCUGAGGAUUAUUUUGAUUCAACUAGUGAUCUAAAAGAAGUCGCAGGUGAUAUUUUGAAGACUACAGAAGGUGAUCCAUUAUUUUCCAAUUCUAAGUUUAUGAAAUUUAUGAAAAAAAUUAACGAGGGUGAAUCAUCGAUUGCGGAGAAAACACCACAAACAGACUCCACAGCGGAACACUGGAGUUUACAGUUUGAACACGAAAACGAAAUUCCUUCAACAUGGGAAGAAAGUUUUUUAAGAGAAAAUAACUCUGUGAAUGAAGAAUCAAACCAGGGUGAAAAGCAAAUGCAUGAUGAAUUUAACGAUUAUAUAUGGAAAACAUUAUCAGAACAGUCUGAUUACUCUACCUAUAAGGAUUAUAAAUUUGAAGAGGAUAAUCCCAUGAAGGAAGUGGCCGACCCAUUAGCGGAAGGCAGGAAGAAAUUAGAAGCAGGUGAAUUACCUAGUGCCGUGCUGUGUUUUGAAGCGGCGGUGUUGAAGGAACCAGAAAAUCCACUUGCUUGGCAACUUUUAGGAACUACUCAAGCUGAAAAUGAACAAGAUCCCCAAGCUAUAUCCGCUUUAAAGAAAUGUCUAAGCCUUGAGCCCAGUAACUCAGUAGCACUUAUGUCAAUAGCUGUUUGUUACACAAAUGAAAAUUUCCAAAACCAAGCAUGUCGAGCGUUGAAGGAAUGGAUAAGAUUGAAUGAAAAAUAUGCUGACCUUGUUCCUCCGACAGUCACCCAGCAGAAUCCGACUUGGAACCCUCCAUUUCAUCCAUUGUAUGGAAUUUCAUCUAUCUUAUCUAGGGAAUUACACGAAAGUGUGAAAACAAUGUUUCUCGAGGCAGCCAGGAGAAAUCCUACUGGUGUGAUAGACGCCGAUGUUCAAUGUGGUUUAGGUGUUCUUUACAAUUUAUCAAUGGAAACGGAUAAAGCUGCCGAUUGUUUUAAAGCCGCCCUUCAAGUUCGGCCAAACGAUGCAAGGAUGUGGAACAGACUAGGAGCAACACUCGCUAACGGCUCAAGGUCAGAAGAAGCUAUAGAUGCUUAUAGAAGUGCCUUGCAGUUGAUGCCUGGUUUUAUAAGGGCAAGGUACAACCUUGGUAUUGCCUGCAUUCGUCUUGGUGCCCAUAAGGAAGCAGCUGAACAUCUUUUAAUUGCUUUGAACCAGCAAGCCGCAGGCUGUGGACCUCAAGGAUCAAGUACACCACAAAUGUCAGAUACAAUAUGGAACACUCUUAGAUUAGUCGUUGUAUCCCUCCUCGAAAGAACAGAUUUUAUUGAAACUCUCAACACAAGAAAUUUGGAAAAACUCAACAAAGAAUUUGGAAUAGACUAAACAAAAAAGGUUUAUUAUAGUUAUAUUAAUCCCAUUUAAUUGUUCGGACAAUCAUAUAUAUUCACAUAUUUACAUAAUAUACAUUUGUUACAAAUGAGGCAAAAUGUCCCAUUGUUGAGGGGGUGGCUAUUAUUAGUAAUCGUUUUUAUUGCAAAUAAUGUAUUAAAAAUAAAAGAAAAAAAUAACUAAGUAUUUAUAAGUUAAAAAAUGUUAUUUUGCCACAUUAGAGAUGGAAAAUUACUCCCCUAGAUGUCCGAACUUUAAAAUUUUAGUACAGAAAAUUCCCCUCACAAAGAGGGAAGAGCUUAAUGGAGAAUGUCAAGUUGUUUUGGCAGUAACAGCUUCAUGCUCCGUGGCAAGAGGAAGUGAAAACAGGCAAUUAAUAAAAAAUCCCCCUUUUUAUACGUAUACAUAUAUUUUUGUCAACAAGGGUUUUAUUAAAAAUAUUUUAUGAAAGCUCAUAUUCUCCAAAAACAAAAAAUGAGCUGUAUAUGAGAAAUUUUGAAUUUGGCUUAAAACCUUUUAACAUAAUCGAAACAGUAAUUUUUUUAUUGAUAUGGUCGACAAUUUAAAAAACAAACAAAAACAACAAACAAACAAACAGCACGCCAGAGUUUUAUGACCUUUAACACUUAUUUUUCACCAUUAUUUCUUAUAU